AGAUCGUUUGAAUCCUUGAAAAAAGAAAAAAAAAGCUUUCUUUGUGACAGCUGGCAUCGCUUUUACCCAUUCCAAUUCGGUAUAGCUACUGCUGGUCGGAGGCCACGUAUAUACACAUGUUUUCCGAAAUAUUCACAUUUGCUGCACUAACCAAGAAAUUACGCAAGGAGAAAGAUCUUCUGUAGGACGACGAAAUUUGUAAUUCCGCGGCCAUCAACCAAAUCAGCUUCUUAAUAUUUGUCACUUCGAAAAAGUUUGGCGAACAACUCUGCCUUCAAGUUCAGAACCCGAGAACCUCCGCCACGAACUCGAUAGAGAAUUUUUUUUCUUGCUUGUAACUGCGAAACUCCUCAUGUUUUAUUCGCUCGCCACCGUGGAUGUUUCAGUUUGACUUUCGAGAAAAAUUUCCCCAUUUUAAAGCUUGCUUUCUGCGUGAUGACUGAUUUGCGGUGAAGUGUUCAGUACUGAGAAAAAAAAAAGUGGACAAGCCUGUGGCACCGGAACCUACCAGCCGUGAACAUUCCAUUACAGUCCCGAUUCCGUGAGGGAGGAUUUCGGGAAACGAGUGUAUGCGAAGAACUUUUGGACAAGCUCUUCCCAGAAAGAAAAAUAAGAAGUGUACGAAAAAUACAGCAGCUUUAACAUCGACGAGUCUCCGACCAACGCUUCGAUUCGGUCUGGGAGACCAAUACGCAAGGCCUGCCGUACCGUCGCAUACGGUACACAGAUACCGCACGCUGGUGACACCGAAGCUUCGGAGACACUGCAAGUAGGUCCUGGACAACAAGAGCGUGGGGAGAAAGAUCUUGUGUGCUGUCUAUUUUACGGCGAAGUGUUCUUCUGCAUACUUAAACCAGAUUGCUUAACACAUCAAGAAAUUCAAGGCAAGACGCAAGUUUGUCUCUGCGAAGUCGUCACUGAAAACAACGUGAAGAGGUUACGUUAACUAAAAAAAAAAUCCCUUGACGCUAGCUAUCGCCUAGCAACUACGCAAGAAGACACUAGGUGUGUAGGCUGCCAUCUGAAGUACAGAGUUUGUCAUACAUUUUCAUAAAAUGACUGUAUUUUGACAUGCGCUAAUACGUUCUCUUGUUAGUACAGGAAUGAAUUCCUUAAAUGGCAAAGUUUCUGCUAUAUGUUUUCGAAUAAAUUAGCCCACACAAGCAAGAAGCGGGUUAAUAAGGAGGCAUAGACUUCGGAGAACGAGCAGCAUUAGACGGCAAGCUGCAAGAUGGGUAUUAAGGACCUGAAAGCCAAACAUGGUGUCGCCAUGAGUCCUGAAUUCCCACAUGUCUAUAAAGAGAGAAACUAGCCAUAAGUAUUUGUUGCAAUCUUCGGAAACCUUGCAAAACAGACGCGAAAUAGUUACCCGCAGUCUAUACCAGCAAUAGCCGUUGACGCGUGACUAGCUGUAUCUCGUUAUCAGGUAACAACAGAUGCGAACUCACUCAUAUCGCGUUCUGUCAUCGCGCAAUCCAAAUUAAUGACUGAAGAUACCACCAUCUGUUGAUUAUACUCUUCUGAGUGCUGCAAAAAGAUAUUGUGCAGCCAAAUGAGGAUGUAAGUUCUUCAGAAAGCGUCCAACUUCAGUCGGUUCCCAUGUUCAUUCCCAAGAAGAGUAUGGCAGGCAAGCUUACCAGCUAGCCUUCAGUCUAUCACUCGAGUGACACGCACCUCAGAAGAAAGAAACUCGAAUGUUCGUUCCGUGGCCACCGUCAACCAUGGAGGCCCCCAUCACCCAAGACUGCUUCACUCUCAACGACACGACAAUAGUCACCGACUGCGAGGGGUUGGAUGCCAACACCAGUUGGCGCACGCCAUCGCCCGAUGGGGAGCCGUCGUGGAAUGAAACCUCCAUGCAGUUACCCCCGGGCCACGUCUACUUCGACUAUCCCGAGGAAAUGCUGGAGCCGUGGGUGAUGAACGAGUACUUCUUUUUCAUCGUGGUGACGUACUUGGUGACGUUCGCCAUCGGCGUGAGCGGGAACUUGGUGGUGAUCUCGGUGAUGGCCGGCGACAAGUCCUCGAGGAACGUCACCAGCGUGUUCCUCGUCAGCCUGGCUGUGUCCGACCUGCUCCUCCUCACGAUAUGCGCACCGCUAGAUGUGGCUCAAUACUUGGUGGUCCGGUGGGACGCCAGCGGCACGGUGUGCAAACUGGCCGCCUACGCCGAGACGGUGUCGGCCUUCGCUUCGGUGCUCAACAUGGUCGCCGUCACGCUCGAAAGGUUCGUCGUGAUCGUGUUCCCAAUCCACUCGCGCACCGUGUGCACCAUGAGCAACUGCAAGAGGCUCAUGUGGGGCGUCUGGCUCGUAUCCCUCGUCGUUGCCCUGCCCAUGCUCUUCGUAAAGAACGUCAUCCAGACAACGUUCACGAACUAUCGGGUGAACGUGACCAUCUACAGAUGCAAGGACGAGCACGACUGGCAGGGCCAGUCGGUGUCGUGGUACCGCCUUGUCACGCUGUUCGCUCUCCCAUCGGUGGUCAUGAUCGUCUGCUAUUCGUGGGUCAUCCUAGAACUGUGGGUCAGCACAAAGACCAUGGACCAGCUCACUCAGUCCGCAAAGUUUAGUUACCAGUGCCAGGCACCCACGACACCCAGACUGGGUUCUCUUCCCAGUCCAGCACAGCAGCAGCCGAACUGCAGGCUCAUCCUUCGGGGCCAUGCCAACUCCGACAUAAGGGACGUCAAGAGAGCACGCCAACAGGUCAUCAAGAUGCUCAUCCUCGUGGUGAUCCUUUUUCUGCUUUGCUGGGGCCCCCGGCUCAUCAUGGAAAUCGUCAUCAAGUGCUGCCUCAAUGUGUUCAACCACGGCGUGUACGCCGUGCGCGUACUCUUCUACCUGCUGCCGUUUGUGCACAGCUGCCUGAACCCCAUCGUCUACUGCUUCAUGUCCAGCAAGUUCCGGCGCCGCAUGGUGCGAUGCUGCCACCGCACCUGCUUCGCGCCUCGCUGCCGCGUCAAGUCGGCCACCACCAACAACCGCUGUUCGUCCAGGAACGGCACCACACGCCUCGGUUCGACGUACACGUUCACGUCGUACGCCACCUCGACGGUCGCCAUCCCGUCCUCGAUGACGCAGGUACCGGGCGAUCCGCUCGCUUUGUGACAAUCGCCCUGCCCGCCGCUGCACCAGCGCGGCGCUCCGCAGCUGAAAGCUACCGGUGCCAAGGGAGCCAAGAAGAAGAGCGCUAAGCAGCAGAAUCGUUGCAGGGACGCCACGAUUGAGGACUUCUUGUGAGCGGAUCAACAGAGGGACGGCACUUUUGCUCGGAGAAAUGUGCAUAGAAUACUCGCGGCAUCACAGUGGUGACAUCAAGGGUUCUGUGACAGUGAAGAAGCUCCGCCUUGGAUUCCAGGUGUGAUCGCGCUCGACCAAACGCAAAACGUCAGGCGGGUGUCUUUUGGAUUCUGUAUAGAACUCUUCACGGUGGCUCAUUCGUGACUUGGAGUGUUCUUGUGAAACACUGACGCGGCUACUUACGGACGUUGAUGCGUGUGUCAGGAUGUGACGAAUUGCGUAAACUGGUCCCCCGGUGAUCCAAAGCGACUGCAUGUGCAAAGUGAGAGGAUGCAUUCAAUUGCACCAGCCGUUUAGGUUGACCACAUUCAGACAGGAAUUUAGGAACCAUUCUUCAGGUGCCUCCACAAUGGCAUAAAGCUGAUGGAACAUUAAAGUUUCUGAAAAAGUUACUUGUUUGAGGAUGGUUCAGUCGUAACUUGACAGCAUUGCCCAUUUAUGAGCCUAAGGCGUCGUUACCACAAGUUAUUUGCAACAUGAAAGCCGCCGCAGCAUUUGUAGUGCUUAUGCUACAUUGUCAACCCUGAGAAGGACCCCAAAUGUAUAUAAUAGAAAGGAGCAAGGAAUUUUCCACUAAAUCUUCCAUUUACUCACUCAAAGACUUCAAAAAAACUAAGCUUAAUUUGAGAGGUAAGGCGAUUUGCACUGACGUGAUAUACCAUCACCAGCAAAAUCGUGGCACACACGGCUGCAGUUAGAAAUGUGCGUAUUAAGCGAAGGUUCGCGGCGUCACGCUUUGAGAAACGUGUACAUAUUUAUGUUUAACGGCUUGCUUGAAAUCAAAAAGUGUCAGUGGAAUGUUGGGUGUUUCCUUUUGGGCGAGUGACGACAAUUUUGUAUUUUCCCCUCUGCGAGUCGCACUUCUGCAGGUUGCGACGUUCGAGAGCGUAACCUCGGUCCAUUAAAGCCAUAUUUCUCUUCAGGCAUCUGCUGAGCGGACCACUGUUGAGAGAGAAUCUCAUGAAUACAAUUUUUUGAACAAAAGAGUGUGUUGCGACGCAUUUCUCCAGAUAUGUUUGCUCCAUUUCUGCGUACGACUUGGAAAGGUUGUUUGUGACUUGUGUGUAAAUGUGAGCGGAAUAUUGUAGCGGUGGAGGGCUGAACUAUUCGUAAGUUCCCUUGCAUGGCUGUUUCUCCCAACGACCCAAACUUUGCGCGUCGUUUCUCACCUCGUUUGGAUCUGACUGAGCCAGUAUUAUAUCAGCCAUGUGGAUAUGAAUGUCAUGGUCUUUUUUCUUCACUGAUAAUGAAGGCAUGAAAACCUGAGAGAUGUAGACCUGCAAGCAUACUCUUCGUCAUUCGAGAUUGUGGUGCAGAGGCAAGCAGAAAGAACGCCGUGCUGUAUUGCAUUGUUAGCGCUGUUUGUUGUCAGCGUGAUAAACGUGAAUGUGUUGGUAUGUCUUGUUUGUAAAAAAAAAACAAUAUUGUUCUCGCCUUCAAGUUAUCGUGUGAAACACUUGUUAUUCGUGUUUAAUGGUUGUGUUUUCCCAUGAUGCCGCGACGGUUUCAACAUGUACCUUGUACGCAUGAGGGUUGGUUAACGUUUCCUAUAAGAAAUGUCGCGCUCAUUCUGGCAAUGCUGAUUCUUCGUGCAUAAUUUUCCAAAGACUGGGUGGUGCAAUGUAUGUAAAUAUUUGACUGGUGCUUGUUUUUCUGGUGCCCUUGAUAGUGUAAAGCUCUGAACGCAAUGAUGCCAUUAGUGGUGAAUUUCGUCUUACAUAUAUCAACUACUAGCUGUUAAAUACAAAAAACAACACGGAAAUGACACUAACGCUAACACUGUUAUUACAGCGUUAGUAUUUGACUCCUAAUCACACUUAGUGGAAUAUCUCUCUAAUCACCUUUCUUGCGGUUUUAUUAUGCUAAAAGCAAAAGAAAGGACCAGCGUUGCUAAAGUAUAACGAGACACAAAGCCAAUGCUAAAAAUGUUCGGCAACACUUCUUACAAGCUUUAAGUCGUGAUAAGCAUACUGACGUUCGGCGUGUUUUAUGUUGUUACGUGCUUGUGAAAGUCUUCUAUUCCUGCCUCACCUCUGAGCUCGAAGAGCCUCAAUAAACGAGCACCGCAAAGUACUCCA